AUGUCAUGGCUGUCUGCACUGCUGUCUCAUGAUAAAAUGCACACUCCAGAUUGUGAUGCUGCUUGUGCUUCGGUUCUGACUCAAGCAAUGUUCACAGAAGAUCUGAAGAGCAGAGCAGUAAUGAUUAGUACACCUGAAGAGAUUACACAGGGUACAUGUGUUCUUUUCAUUUUUUUCUUCUUUUUGUCUCUAAUUCGUGUAUCUGAAUUCUUGGGGGCCACUAUCUCUGCAAAUGGUGAACAAGAAACUGAGGAACUGAUAGAACGAGCAUCAUCAUUAUUGCUAACACACAGACAUUUGGUCAUAUGUCAUCAUGACAUUGAUUUUGUAACUGGCACCUACUUCACUGUGGUCUCAAAUGCUGGUGGUGAUCGUGCUCUAGUUCUUGGCAAGCUAUUGGAGCAAGAUGAUCUCAAUUUGGGCUAUGAUGAAGCCAAAAUUUGUGCUUAUUGA